AUGUCGAGCGAAUCCCGAUGGUUAUCCAGUUCCUUUGAAGACAUAAGAGGCUCUCCAAUGCUGCACACACUCAAGUGUUACCUCCCUCUCUCGACAGUGUGCUUCGAGGACGAGGAAGUCAAGGAUUACGUAGGAGGCAGCGGCGGAGGCCCGGGGGGAGGAGGGCAAGACCAACCUCGCUUCCUGCACGAUGAGCUAACAGUCAACGUCUCUGUGCAACUUGGAUCAACUGCACACCUUCACUGCCGCAUCACAGGCCUUAGGGACCAGUCGGUGUCAUGGCACAGGAGAAAAGGAGAUGACAUCCAGCUUAUCACUGUUGGCUUCCACACUUAUCACAACGAUGACAGGUUUUCCUUGACCUACGAGCAUCCUCAUGACUGGAGGCUCAGGAUUCGUUACGUGCAGAACCGGGACGAGGGUGCGUACGAGUGUCAAGUAUCCACACACCCUCCCCUAAUCCGCACGAUACAUCUCCAUGUUGUAGUUCCAGCUAUCCAAAUCCUGGACGAUCGCGGAGUUGUGUUACGAGAGAAGUUUUACCGCACGGGAUCAACGAUCCAGCUGCAGUGUAAGGUAGCCGAUGUUCCGACAGCCACGUCUCUACAGCUGGCUUGGUACCAUGGUAACCAACGCCUUAACUACGAUGCUAGGCGAGGAGGUGUCAGCGUCAAGACGGAGUUGCGAGGGUCUGUUGCACGCUCGUGGCUCCUAGUCAACAAUGCAAGGAAGGAAGACUCCGGAACAUAUUACUGUAAUAUUACUGAGCUCACUUCUACUGGGGUUAACAUCCAUGUCGUUCCCGACAAGUACCCGGCAGCCAUCCAGCAGGGAUCUCGAUCUGCUCCCUGGAGAUUAAUGACUGUGGCGACGACCGUGCUCUCCGUCCUGGUGUUCCCCCUCGUCUGCUGGCCUUGUAGAUAAGACAGAACCUCUUGCCAGUUUGAACUCGGCUGGUGAACCUUCUUGCAGUGAAAGGGGAAGAAAAAAAACAAGGGGGGUAGACUGUUCAACUUUUUAGGAAUUUGGUGGUGAUAAUGUGUGUCUGUGGUUUGUACAAAAGCAACAGUUUUAUCAAAAUAAAAAGGAGGAGACUGUUGUGUGUGUACAGUGAUCAUUCCUUCAUCGAUAUCAAGGUAAAUAUAUAAUUAUUUAGAACAUCUUUUUAUAAGAUGGUGAGAGUGUAGACUUUCUUUAGCAACAAUGGUGUCAAAAUGUGAAAAAAACAACAGUCUGUAAUAGGUGUUGAUUUUUUGGCCGAACAAUGUCUUAUAAAUGGGACUAAAUAAACGUUUUUUGUUAUCAUCAUGAGUUAUAUACAAAUAAAAUGUUAUUUAUUUACAAAUAGUAAACAAGUAGACUGUGUAUAAUUUAUGUGAAUUAGUAAACCUUGGAUGUUUGAUGUUUUGUCACCUAUUAUUGAUGUGUUUGUAUGCUAAAGAACUAAUAUGACCCAGAUAGUAUACUGAAUACUACGGUAAUUUAUCAGACAGUGAUUACCAUAUUAUAUGGUUCAUGGUAUAAUCCUCUGCGAUUUGGAUAUGUAUUUUCGUAAUAAAGUGAAAUA